UAGACAUAAACUCUCUUCUCUAAAUAACUUUGGAGGUACAUUGAACAGCCUUUUGUUUUUUUACUCACAUCUGAAUUGAAUGUGUGUUUAUAAAUCAUUUAAUCCACCAUUGUUUUGUCCUGCUUUAACUUUAUCCAACACUUUAUUGACAUAUUCUGAUGUCUUGCCUGCAAUUUUUAUCUCUGUAGCUGUGUUUACUAUGUUAGUGAUGUGUGCAUUCCAAUCAACAUUAUUUUGUGAAUUAGUCACUCGGCUGCUCACAAUUUGUUUCAUUUGUGCAAUUCCAUUCAUAAGGCGCCUGUGUUCCUGCUCCAAGCCAUGUAAUUUUAAUUUAUUUGCUUCAUGUUGGGCCUUUUUCUUCAAUCUGCAGGCCCGUGAAGCUAGUUUAUUUUUCUCUUUUCUAGUUUUGGGUCUAAUAUUGAAUGGAAGUUCACUUACAGGGAUCAUAUCAUUUAUUAUUUUACCUAAACCAUCUAAUUCUUUUCCAAUCAAAUACAAUUUUCUUGGAUUUGGUGUCAAAUCAUUUCCAUCUCCUUUCCUGGCUUUACCACUGUGUUUUAUGCCUCUAACACUGCAACUAGGGCUAAAUACUGGAUCAGUCACAGUGUUUAAAACAUGUGGGUCUUCUGAUUUAUUUUUUAAGAUAAGCCUCUGUCCCUUUGGUCCUUUAGCCUGUACAUUGUAUUGCCAAAAGAAUCUCUCUUUCUUUGAGCUGCUACGAGAUUGUUUGCCUUCUGUUUCGUCAUUUGACUCAUCAGAUGAGAGGUCCUCAUAUCUGUCACUGUCUUCAUCAGUUUCAACAUCGCGGUCCUCUUCAUCUUGUGAAAAGUCGACAGUGCCAGGACUGAGAAGCCCUCCAGACAGAGAUGAUGCUGAUCCUGCUUCAGCUAAGGAGCUGGUAGACAAAAGGUGUUUUCUUGGUUCACGACGCUGCCAAAUCUGUUCCAUGGUGAGGUGGGUAGGCGCUGAAGAAGAAAGUUGAGGUUGUUGAGGUUUUGCACUGGUUGGGAAUGGUGGCAGUACAGUUGAUGCCGGAACUGACUGUCCUAGAGCUAUUUCACCACUGUAGCCAUCCAUUCGAAGCAGCAGCUCUGGCAUUUGAUUCAUAGGCUGAGCAAAGCUAGAUGAUGCUGAGCUGUGCUGGCUUGCUGGCGAAAAUGCCAAUUGUGCACGACUGUAUGGACUACAGGGACUAUCUGAUUGCAAAAUAUUAUGUGUUUGCAUAGUGUUUGGCGCACGACGUGAACCACUCAUUGCUCCUCCAAUUUGCACACAAUAACCACUCUCUUCAGGCAAAAGGAGAUCAUCAAAAUUUAAAUCAUCCAACAAAUUAUCUGGAUUAGCAUUUAGCUCAGCAAGUGUAGGCCCAAGGAUCAAAUCAGCUUUAUCAACUUGGAAUAUGUCAUCAUCAUCCAUUUUGAAACUUUCAGCUUUUGAUGUACUGUCUGUUUCAAAUACAAGUUUGUUGUAUGCCAAAUUUGGCAUAUUGUAAGAACCAACCAAGUUAUCUUGCAAACACAGGUCUAGAUCAGUGUUAAAGUCCCCGGGAUCAACACGGCGCUGUGGGAUAGGCACGGAAGCAGACAUAGUGCCCGAUUCUAUCGGAGACUCUUGUUUUAUCUCUAGACCUGGCUCAAGAAGAAAGUCAUGUGUGUAAAUAGAAUCCGACAUCGCACGUGUUUGUGUCCAGUGACCUUGACGUAUAAUAGUCUUGUUGAUAGAGAUUGGCGCACGCGUCUUACGUCUCUAUCGAUUUAUUCACAGUGAAACCCACGUGUUUUGCUUAUUUCCCGAACCUUAUUUCUUAUUAGAACCUACUAAAAGUUUCGAAACAAUCAUAAACGGAUAUUUUUAUCAUAAAUACAUUGAAAUAUCUCAUCCUUUGGUUACAUAACUGUAACAAAACACAUCCCUCAAAACAAAAUUUGUAAGCACUUGUUAUUCACAAUGACUUUCGAUAUCGAAAUUAGACAAACAAUAGAUUCUAUCCAAUAGAAUGCUACACGAUUACUAGAGUCAAAUCCACUUCAUAUCUUUGUUACACAAACUUUCAACCACGAUAUUUGUAAG